AUGGGGACACUUGGGGUCCUUCUCACCUACCCCAUGGACUCGUACCUCGAGGAGGAGCUCGACAAGCGCUUCAAGCUCUUCCGUCUAUGGGAGUCGCCGCCGGAGAAGCGGAUGGAGUUCCUGCGGUCCCACUCCCAGGCAAUCCGCGCCGUCGUGGGGAAUGCCACCGUGGGAGCCGACGCCGAGACCAUCGAGGCGCUCCCGAGGCUGGAGAUCGUGUCGACCUUCAGUGUGGGGCUGGACAAGGUGGACCUCGAGAAGUGUAGGGAGAGGGGGAUUCGGGUCACCAACACCCCCGAUGUGCUCACGGAGGACGUGGCGGACCUCGCGAUCGGCCUCGCCAUCGCCGUCCUGCGGAAGAUUUGCGUCUCAGACCGCUACGUCCGCAGCGGCGGGUGGAAGACGAAUGGGGAUUUCGAGUUGACGUCCAAGGUAACGCCUAUCUGGAUCUGGCGUUCCUUUCUCCUAUCCUCUAGUUUCCCGAUCGCUAAUCUCCGUCUCCUGUUUUUGUGCCCUUUUUAAUCAAACGCCAAUUAUUUGCAUUUAUUGUUCUAUUUAUCUCUUCGAAGAGGUGAUCGCGAUCAUGAAACAAGAGACUUUUUCUCAUAUAUGGUUUUUUCUAUGAGGAUUCAUGAAUCUUCGAAUAGUCGUUUCUAUAGUUGGGGCUGUGAGAUUCUUACAGUUCCCGAUCGGGGAUCGAUACAGUUCCGCGUUAGAAAUCCCUUUGUAAAAAACAUCAGCUAUAAUAUGCAGACGUUGUCACAGGCCAAGAUUCUGUUCAUGAUUUAUCUUCUCAAAAUCUGGGGCUGCAUUGUUUUGGGGUUUCUCCAUCAAACAUCUUUGGAAAGAUCAGGAUCAGUAUGAAGCCAGGCCGGAGGAGAGGUGGGGAUGCUUUUGUUUCAUGCCCACCGACUAUCAAUGAGUGAAAGCAGAGAGGCGCAUCAACCUUCAGAUAAAAUGAUCUGGAGUCUCCCUCUGUAUGUCAACUCCUCUGGAUGCAUGGGGGAGGUUCCUGGAUGGAGAUCGUUCUAAGCAAGGUUUUUACUGGGGAUUUGCUUGUGAAUAGAUUAGAUGUACGUGGGAUGUAAUUUGAGGAACUAAUUAUAGUAUUUUUCUAAAUUUUAAUGGGUGAAAAAUAGUAGAGGUCACUCGGAGAUCCUUCAUCUUCACCAGUGUGCUUUGAUGUACAUAACUAUAUUUCUAUUGCAAAAAAGUCCCAGCUUUCAUUUAUCCACGGUAUGAUUCUUUCAUUCUUUCAUUUCCCAUCUCCCCAAAUCCCCCAGGAACAAUCUCUCUUCGCAAAUUUGUCAUUGCAAUGAAAACGAUCUCUUUUUGUUAAUAUUUCUUUAUGAACAAUAGAAGACUGCUCAGCUAUGCCAUAAGCAGGAAGGCAGGAGACUGUGGCAGCAGCUACUGAGCUGCUGAAGGUUGACAGGGCCCUUGACGUUGACAAUUGCUGACAAGGAGUUGAUAAUCAGUUCAUUGGGUGGGAAACUCAGUCAAGAACACGAAGAUGAACAGCUUUACGAUGAAUCCUCCGUGAUUAAUAACUAGUUUCAUUGAGACUGUUGAUAGCAUGAUGAAAUAGCUGUUUAAUGGUCGGGUGGGGCGCGAGAAUAAUUGUUGAGGAUGAUCUCUGUGUUCUUUGGUUGCAUGCAGUUCAGCGGCAAGUCGGUGGGUAUCGUGGGCCUUGGCAGAAUCGGGCUGGCCAUCGCAAAGCGGGCGGAAGCUUUCGGGUGCCCCAUCAGUUACUUCGCGAGAUCGGAGAAGCCCGGCGUGGGCUACAAGUUCUUCCCAAGUGCGGUUGAUCUUGCCGCCAGCUGCCAGGUUCUCGUCGUCGCCUGUGCACUGACGGCGGAGACCCGGCACAUUAUCGGCCGCGAGGUCAUCGACGCGCUUGGCCCCCAGGGUGUCCUUAUCAACAUCGCCCGCGGCGGGCACGUAGAUGAAGCCCAGCUUGUGCUGGCGCUGUGGGAGGGACGGCUGGGCGGUGCGGGCCUGGAUGUGUUCGAGAGGGAGCCCUCAGUACCGGAGGAGCUCUUCACCUUGGACAAUGUGGUGCUGUUGCCCCAUGUGGGCGCUGGGACACGGGGGACCAGCAAGGAUAUGGCAAACCUAGUACUCAGUAACCUCGAGGCCCAUGCCCUCAACAAGCCGCUCUUGACCCCUGUGCUUUGA